AUGGACUAUAGAAAUAAAGACUCCAGUAAAGAAAAGAAAGAUAAGUUAAAAAGAAAAGAAUCGCCUGAGCCACAAAAAAGACCUAAAAUUGAAGAAGAAAUAGCACCGAUUAACAUUGCUAAUGAAUCAAAAAAAAGAAUGAAGCUAAGAAGUAGCUCUGAAAAUAGCGAUUCGGAUGCAAGUAUUUUCAGUAAUGACUAA